AUGGCUCCUCUCCCGAACCUUCCAAUGAACAAUCCCAGAUCAGAUUCUGAAGCCGCUGCGCGGGAUUGUGGCUGGGUGACUGUGAACGAUCGAGGGUAUUCAAUACUGGAAAAGCCUCAUGGUCUUCCUCGUCCCAAGCGCGUCAUCGUAAUCGGGGCCGGGGCGACUGGCAUCUGCAUGGCAAAAUUCUCGGAGAGAUUGGCAAAUCUUGACUUACAGAUAUACGAGAAGAAUGACGACGUCGCGGGAACAUGGUGGGAGAACAAGUAUCCUGGCUGCGGUUGCGAUAUUCCAGCUCAUAUCUACCAAUUCAAGUGGGCUAUGAAUCCCAACUGGUCUCGCUAUUACUCCUCGGCCGAGGAGAUCCUUGAUUACUUCAAAACCGUCGUCGACUCCCACGGGUUACAAAAAUACAUCAAGCUGCGACAUAGGGUUGUCCAUGCCAGUUGGAACUCCGAAACCGCAAAAUGGGAAGUCCAAGUCCAAGGUCCUGACGGCAACAUCUUUAAAGAUGAAGGCGACUUUUUAGUCAAUGCUUGUGGUCUAUUAAACAAUUGGAAAUGGCCAGAAAUUAAAGGGCUACAUAGCUUCAAAGGCAAGCUCCUCCACUCCGCAGCUUGGGACGAGUCUACCGUUCUUGAUGGGAAACGAGUAGCCGUCUUAGGCGCUGGUUCAUCUGGCGUCCAAAUUGUUGCGAAUAUCCAACCAAUCGUCAAGCAGCUCUAUACCUGGAUACGGUCUCCCAUUUGGAUUAGCACAGGAUUCGCGUCCAGAUACGCCGGGCCGGAUGGUCUAAAUUUCAAGUACGGAGAGGAUGUCAAGGAGAGAUUCUCGUCCGACCCUACUAAACAUCUUCGAUAUGUUAAAAUGGUAGAGGCGGAGCUUGGACUACGAUUUUACUUCAACUUUAUCAAUACGAAAGACGCUCAUAUGGCAGAAGACUUUUCACGCAAGGAGAUGGAGAAAAAACUGUAUAAACGGCCAGACCUGAUUGAAAAGAUUAUCCCCACCGCGUAUGGACCUGGAUGCCGUCGCCCAACACCUGGAAAUGGAUACCUAGAAGCCCUUAUGGAGCCAAACGUGAUAACCUACACGAAAGACCUUCUGGAGGUGACCCCCACCGGCUUCGUUGAUAGCGAUAGGAACUAUCAUGAAGUCGAUAUUAUUAUCUGCGCCACAGGAUUCGAUACUUCCUACGUUCCACGAUUUCCAGUCCUUGCAAAUGGAAAAGAUUUGCGAGAAGAAUGGGUAACAGAUCCGGUUUCAUAUUUAUCAGUCAUGAUCCCAGACUUUCCAAACUACUUCGUCUCUCUGGGGCCAUAUAGUGCCACCAACGGUUCACUCAUACCUGCGAUUGAGCAUGGGUGUGAGUAUAUGCUCAAGAUUGUUGAUAAAUGCCAGAUCGAGCAUAUACGAUCGAUUGCACCUAAGGCCGACGUUACCGCCGAAUUCCGGGAACACUCGGAUCUCUUCUUGAAGAGAACUGUAUGGAACCAGAAAUGUCGCAGUUGGUAUAAGGGUGGCACCAUCGACGGCCUUCCUCGUCUAUAUCCUUCGUCGAGAGCCCACUUUAUGGAGACGAUGCAACCACGCUACGAGGAUUUUGAGAUCAAAUAUGAGAAUAUGAAUCGUUUUUACUUCUGGGGAAAUGGAUUCACGGUCCGAGAGCUAGAUGGGAGAGAUCCUACCUGGUAUUUGGGCAUUGUGGAUGGGGAGGACCGACAACCAGAUUACACAGAAGACGAAGAGGCGGUCAGGAUUUCAGCAAAGCUCGAGGCAUAG